AUGGACGGCUGUGUCUGCAACACAAUCCAUACCCUGGCGAAGGGCUACAACGAGGCCCAAGUCAAAGAACUAGUCCCUGCACUGAAUCGCCAUCUACAACAUCUGCGACAAUUCUUAGCGCAGGCUAGUUCGCUCAGUCGUCAUGUGCAGUAUCAGAUCACACCACGAAACCAACGAUCGGAAAAGGCCCUGUUUGUAGACAAGGUUGACCUUGCCCCUAUCGAUCGGGUAUUCUCCAGAUUUGAGAACGAUGUGGCUGAUUUCUGGGUAGGCUCAGAGGAUCGUGUUCAUCUUGAGGAGCAAUUUUCUGGCUUCCUUCCACUCGACGUCCCAGCUUCAACUUAUGAGAGAUAUCUGAGUGUUGACGAUGAAGAAGUCUUCACCCAUUUAUCAUCUCUCAAGCCAUCAUUUGAGAAUUACAAUGAGCUCGUACAACGCCUGGUUCUUAGUCAACUAUGCGGUCCAGAUGUCGUCGAUAGAAUCCAAGCAGACGGCACCAUAGCUUGGUCUCUCAGUCCCGAACGAAUAUUUAGUCUCGAGGAAGGUCUGGCGCCACAAACGAUCGAAGUGCUUGGGAUUACAGCGCUGAAGCUCAUUUGUUUUGUUUGCCCAAUGUGCUAUGAGGGAAAUACGGACUGGUCACCGUUGGUAAAACAACAAGUGUGGCCGAUACUAGAAAAGCUUCUGAAAGGGUGCAAGAUAUUAGCUUCCCUCAAGACCCAGGUUGUUGAAGCUGUCCUAUAUUUCUGCGAGAGAGACUCACUUGCCAUUCGCCAUGUUGUGGUAAAGCAGGCCAAACUGCUGUUACGAAAGUCAAUGCCCUAUUAUCUCCACGCCUCGGUUGUACUAUUCGGCAGCAUACUCUAUCGAGUUGAUGGAGAACUUGCCAAGUCUGAAGCGCAAAUACGCGAGUUUCUCUGGCGUGGGCCACGGCCAAGCAAUCGUCGGGACCAUGCACUUGAGGGUCGCCUUCACAUUUCCCAGAUGGAGAACAAGAUCAAGUGCUACGAUAAAGAUGUGCCUUUAUUUGCCUGUAAAUGGGAGGCACAGCAGCCUUUAUCGACCUUGGACAUGGAAGUGACCUUUCGGUUACAGAGCACAGCUGCCCGAUACUUCCAGUCCAUAGGCGAUUUUGACGCAGCAAGGGUAUCUCCAGAGGAGCUCCUGUCAUUGGGUCGAAUCAAACCCAUACCUACGAACUCACGACGUGUCUUGCUUGGGAGAUUAUCUGAUGUGUAUUGCGAGAUGGGAGAGUACAUCAAAGCUACGGAGAUACUGGAACCUGAACUUGAGCAUAUCAAUCCAAGUGACCGCGUCCGUCGUGGAUUCCGAAGGCUUAUUCUGGCACUGGUGGAGGCAAACAUCGGUCUGAAACAAUUAGAUGCCGCAGAGUCAGCACUUGAGGAGUUACUGUGUGAUCUACCUCCCUGCCCAGACGAUAUCAACGAUCAACAGCUGCAUAUGAGGAAAUUACUAGUAUCAGCUCGUAUAGCUCACAUGAGGCUAGACCUAGGUGAAGCCAUACGAUGCUGA